UCCGGCCCGCCCGCUCGCCCGCUGACAGCGAGGCGUAGGGAAGAGGGAAGCGGGUCCGUUGGUCUGUCGGGAACGAGGCUUGGGCGGCCAGGCCCGCGCCGAGCCGUUGCCAUGGCAGCCGCCGCCGGGGGCGCGGACGACGAGUCGCGCUCGGGCCGUUCGAGCUCCGAGGGCGAGUGCGCCGUGGCGCCGGAGCCGCUGACAGGCCCCGAGGGCCUCUUCUCCUUCGCCGACUUCGGAUCCGCGCUGGGCGGCGGCGCGGGCCCCCAGGGCCGGGCGUCCGGCGGGGCCCAGUCCCCGCUGCGUUACCUCCAUGUCCUGUGGCAGCAGGACGAGGAGCCCCGCGACCAGCUGCGCUGUAAGAUGCCCGCCGGCCGGCUGAGGCGCGCCGCCAGGCUCCACCGCCGGCUCGGGCCCACCGGCAAGGAGGUGCACGCUCUGAAGAGGCUGAGGGACUCGGCCAACGCCAAUGACGUGGAAACAGUGCAGCAGCUGCUGGAAGACGGCGCUGACCCCUGCGCGGCGGACGACAAGGGCCGCACGGCCCUCCACUUCGCCUCCUGCAACGGCAACGGCCAGAUCGUGCAGCUGCUCCUGGACCAUGGGGCCGACCCCAACCAGCGGGACGGGCUGGGAAACACCCCCCUGCACCUGGCGGCCUGCACCAACCACGUGCCUGUCAUCACCACACUGCUCCGGGGAGGGGCCCGUGUAGACGCGCUGGACCGAGCUGGCCGCACGCCCCUGCACCUGGCCAAGUCGAAGCUGAACAUCCUGCAGGAAGGCCACUCCCAGUGCCUGCAGGCCGUGCGGCUGGAGGUGAAGCAGAUCAUCCAGAUGCUGAGGGAGUACCUGGAGCGCCUGGGGCGGCACGAGCAGCGGGAGCGGCUGGACGACCUCUGCACCCGCCUCCAGAUGACGAGCACCAGGGAGCAGGUGGAUGAGGUCACCGACCUCCUGGCCAGCUUUACCUCCCUCAGCUUGCAGAUGCAGGACAUGGAGAAGAGGUAGCAAGAGCAGCUCCCUGCCCUCUGCCCGGCCGCUGCCCUCCCCUGCCCUGGUGCUCUUAUUACAAUGAAAAAGCCCGCCGCCUGGGGCAUGGAGCCCCUUGCCUGGUGAGGCCCUCGGCCCUAGAUGCCAAGGGCAGAGACCUCUCGCUGACCUCAGAGCUGCCCCAGCCCCGGCAUCUGUCCGCUCAGGGGCCGGGCCACAGCCCCAGCUCUCCUCUGCUCCCGCGGCCCUGCACCUUGGCUCUGGCCGCCGCUCAGCGGGCCUCGCUUGUCCUGUCUGCUCUUUGGCGUCCGCAGUCGGCCCAGACCCUGCUCGGUGUCCCUUCCUGGCUUGUUGCAGGCAGCGGGGUGUGGCUGAGAGCGGCCUGGCCUGGGGGCUGCCCCUCGCCCGCCUUUACACCUAGACUGUGGACGGACUCGCAAGGAGACACUGGGUGUGCUCUGGGUGGAAGGGGCCGGCCGCGGGUCUGAGCCUCAGAAACACGAGGCUGGGAAGGACUCUGCCGAGCCCGGCAGACACACCAACUUGUGAGCGCCAGGAGGCCCAGCACUUCCGCAUCUUAGUCGUGACAGGCUGGAGAGUGGCCCUCAAGAUGUCCGUGUCCCGUGUCCCGAACCUGUGAUGUCGCCUGUGUGGCCAAAGGCGCUCUGCAGAGGCCAUUAGAUUAAGGCUUUCUGAGGAGGAGCCUCUCCUGGUAACCAGGCGGCCUGAGGAGGAGCCUCUCCUGGUAACCCAGGCGGCCUGAGGCCACAGGGGCCUCCUGAGAGGAGAGCAGGAGACCAGAGGGGGCUGACCACGUGCUGCAGGAAAGGUCGCAAGCCAAGGCAGGCACGUGGCCUCCAGAAGCUGGAAAAGGCCAGGCAAUGGAGUCUCCCCAGAAGGCCAGGCAAUGGAGUCUCCCCAGAACUCCCAGAAGGAGGUAGUCCUGCUAGUUACCUUGACUCUAAUUACCUUGGCUCUAGCCCAGUGAGACCAAUUCUAGAAUCCUGACCACCUGAACUGUAAGAGAAUAAACGUGUGUUGUUUUCAGCUG